AUGGCGACAGAGGUAGCAGCAGCAGCGCCGCCACCACAAUUAGACGCUGAGGAAAAUAGUGGGUUAGAGGCGGCGGCAGCCGAGGCAAAGAUACAGCCGAGCAGUGGGCCCCACAAGCUGGAGAGGAAGUGGACCUUUUGGUUCGAUAACCAAUCCAAGCCCAAGCAAGGUGCUGCUUGGGGUUCCUCUCUUCGCAAGGCCUACACCUUCGAAACCGUUCAAGAAUUCUGGUGUCUGUAUGAUCAGGUAUUCAAGCCGAGCAAGUUUCCACCAAAUGCAGAUUUCCACUUGUUCAGGGCUGGGGUUGAACCAAAAUGGGAGGAUCCUGAGUGUGCUAAUGGAGGGAAGUGGACUGUCACCAGCAGGAGUAAGGCCAGCCUUGAUACCAUGUGGCUAGAGACCUUGAUGGCACUGAUUGGAGAGCAAUUUGAUGAGGCUGAUGAGAUUUGCGGGGUGGUAGCAAGUGUGCGCCAGAGGCAGGACAAACUUGCAUUAUGGACUAGGAAUGCUGCAAACGAGGCUGCCCAGAUGGGCAUUGGGAGGAAGUGGAAGGAGAUAAUCGAUGUCACUGAUAAGAUCACCUACAGCUUCCAUGACGAUUCUAAAAGGGAAAGAUCAGCAAAGCCUCGAUACAAUGUUUGA